UUGUCUGAGAUAAAAUAAAUUGUGAUGAUACAAAAUAUAAAAUUAUUUAUUGUACAAACUUUGGCAAAAGUAUUAUAUUGCACCUAUUUAUUAUUUAUUAAUCUUAACAAAAUUUAUAAUUCUAACAAAAUGAAGUAAGAUAACUUAUAGAAAUAGUAGUUGAAUUAGAAACUGGUAGACUCAUUGGACGCCAAUACCACCAAUUAUACCAUACUAAAAGAAUUAUAAAAAUUAGUAGGUUUCCUUCUAUUAAAAAUAGACCAUAGAUAUAAAAAAGAAACAUACAUGUGUAUCCAUUUGAAAGAAGAAUUGUAGAAGUUUUGCAAUUUUGUUGACAUUCUAAGCUUGGCAUCAUCUUUAUUAACCUUGCUCCAUCAGUAAAUCUUAAUAUAACAUUACUGCACUCAGGUCUCGGCUGAAAUAAAUUCAUAGAAUUUCUUAUCUUUUUUAAUCUAUUAUUUCAUUUUAAUAUUAAUUUAAUACCAAUGAAUAAAGUGGAGAGUUUGCUUCAUCAAUAAAUAUAAAUUUCUCUAUACUUUGACCCCACCAAUUAGGAGUUUCCAUAGGUUUUGGGAACAAUUUCCGUAUAAUCCUUCCAGGUUUCAUACGAUUUAUUCUCCAUGUUAUAUGAGUCGUAAGGGACUCAGAAGGAUAAAUAUCCAAUCUUUUAUCCAUAACAUCAUGGAUGGUGCUAUACGAUAAGAUCAUAUUUUGAUCAUUUAUAAAAUAAUAAUAAAGUCAAACAUAAUUUAUCAAUAUAACUUACCGAUAUGCAUCAUUAUUAGAAAAUAUUUUAUUAGAAUCUUCUUUAAAUGUAUUAUUAUUAUACCAGUACAUCUCAAAUAAAUCUUGCAUAUUAACAGCUACAUUAUUUUCUGCUUUUGUAUAGGGAAUGCCAAUAUUAAAUGUUUUAGUUAUAUUGUGGUUUGUUAGAUCAGGUACCGAACUCAUGAUACUACAUGGCCAACAAUCCAUAUCGCUAACAUAAAAAAAUUGAUUUUCAACUAAACACCAUUCAUCAUAUAAUUCUAUAAGGACAAAAAAAAUAUAAAGUAAAUAAUAUUUUAAUAAUAUAUUUUAAAUAUUAUAUCUAUUAUUUAUUUUUUAAUACUACCUGACAACAUUGGAUACUUUUCAAUAAUUGGUAAAGCUAUUUUACGCAAAAUUUUUAAACCAGGAUAAAUAGAACUCUGCAGAUUUCUCAAUACCAUAGUAUUAUAAAAAGGAUGAUUAUAUAGGCCAAUGAAAAUAAUUAAUAAUACACAUAUAAAUGUUGUAAUAUAUUUUAAUAAUUUUAAAAUACUCCAAGUUUUUUUACUAUAUUUUAUCUCAAGCAUUUGAAAACACUUGUUAAAUAUCUCAGUGGUUUGUGAUUCUGAUAUAUUAUGUUCAAGAGCAUAUUGUUUGAUAAGUCGUAUUUGUUGUUUAUAUGCACUUAAAUUAGCCAUUUUUUAAAACAAACUAUUCAAAUGUUGUAAUAAAUGUAAAAACGUAUUAGAAAUUAGAAGAAAAGGUUAUGAAAUCACAAGCGACAAUUGUCUCAUUCUAUGUUACUGAUUUAUUAAGGGGAAACAACGUUUAAAUAAACGUAACUUUCUUUUCGCUGUGUUCACUUUUAAAAAUACAAAUGGCAUUCGUAUCAAAUAAAUAAGAAACGUUAGAUUUAAAAAAUAGUUUCAUUGAAUAUAUUAUUACGAAUUAAAUUACAAAAUACGUAUCGAAAGCUCAAGGUCAUAGGUUAAAUCAUGUCACGAACAUAUUGUACAACUCUUUCACUUUUAUCGUUUUUCGAAAUUGUAAGAUUGACAUAUUUUGGCGGGCUUAAAAUCAGCCAAUGAAAAUUUAUAAUUCAAAAUAAUCGCAAUAGUCGUAAAAAAAGUUGCGUCAAUAUUCAGACGAUUGUGACAAGUGAUGGACAUUUCCGAUACUUUGAAUGAUCGAAUUCUUGAGAAAGAUCAUGCUCUUCAUUUCUCUUGAUUCUUUGUUAAGAAGAAAAUGUUAUAUAUUUUUUAAGAUUAACAUGAAGGAGAAUUAUUGUGACAUACGGUGAAAUUAUAAUACACGAAAAAAGCUUUUAUUGGUACAUAUAUCGGCUAUUUACAGUGUUAAUUUAAUAAGCUGUAAUAAUAUAUACACGUAUGCACACGAAUUUGGAGGUUAGAAUUCGUGCUCUCAGCAUUGAACACUAUGAAGACUUUCUUCGCUGAAUUUGGAGUGAAUGGCGAGAGUGUCUACGAGUAUCAACGUUCAUAUCUGUUUAUGGUGAAUAAAAACACUGAUUUAUACUUUACGCGCAUAUCACAUGCUCGAAUUUCUAUUCCUACUUCAAAAGUUAGUCGAACAUACUUAACAACGUACCGUAAGCAUAUAAAAAAUGCAUAAAGGGAAAUAAUAAAUAUUAAUUACGAUAAAAUUAAUUACGAUGAAAUAGAUGCAUUUAUUAUGCUUCCAUACAUUCAUUAAAUAAACAUUUAUCUGAUAUUGUAUUUGUGCAUUUCCUGGAAUUAAUACAGCAUGAUUAUGCAUUAGAAUGAUUAAUUUUAAAAUAUCCUUCAAAGGAACACAAUGAAAAAUAAAUGUAGAAAUGAAGAAAUAUAUAAUUGUUAAUAUUAAAUAUUUCUUAAUAAAUGAUCAUAGUCAAUAAAUAUAGUACAAUGUAUAAUACAUACAGUGAUAUCAUAUGUUCUUAUAUCUAUGCGAAGUUUGUUGUAAAAAUUAAUAUUAUGUUAUAUUAUUAGUAAAUUAAAAGAGCAUUAUAUUAAUAGAGAAAUUCUAUGUGAUGUUGUAUUAUCAAAGUAUAAUUGUAUACCAAUGCUCGAUAUAGUAAAGAAUUUAUUUAUUAUUAAACAAUGUCAGUUCCCUCUUGUUCAACAUAUACAGACUUACAUAUCUCAAAAAGUAAGGAAGAAACAGUAUAUGCAAAGUGGGAACGAUUUACUAAUUGGGUGCAUUGUAUAUGUAUCGUUACUUUUGACCUUGAAUUAGGUCAAGCUAUAGAGGCGGUUUAUCCAAAUCAUAUACAACUCUCUGAACAAGAAAGAUCUAAUGUAUGUUACUUAGCAUUUCCUGAUUCUAAUUCUGGUUGUAUGGGAGAUACUCAAUAUCAUGUAAGAAUAAGACAAAAUGGAAAUAUGAUUCAAGACACACCAGCUUUACAGGAAUAUAAUAGAAGAACACCUUGUUUUCUACAAUGUGAUAAGGAUUAUUAUUGGGGCUAUGUAUAUUUUCGUCAAGUUAAAGACAAAUCUUUACCAAGAGGAUAUUUUCAAAAAAGUAUCGUCAUCAUCACAAAACUGCCAUUUAUCAAUUUAUUCUGUGAAUUGUGUGCUUUGAUUGCACCAGAGUUUUUUGAUCGUGGUGAUGCAGUCAUGGAAGCAGUUGUACGAGAGAUAGAUCGUUGGCCACUUCCUGGUCCUGGUCAAAUUGUUCAUUUACCUCUUAUGGGUGUUUUAUUUCAGACAUACAUUCCAAAUCAAAAUUAUAAGGCUGCUGUACCAUGUAUUGCAGCAAUGGAUCAUGCACCAAACGUGCAUGCAACACGAAGAUUAAUUUUAACUUCUGCAUACGAAAGUGAUAUGUUCAAAACUUUAGCUAGUGUAGUGAGUCAUAUACAUUUAUUGUGGGAGUUAGUAUUACUUAGUGAACCUAUUGUAGUAAUGGCUUCCUCACCAACUACAUGUUCAGAGAUGGUUCAAGCACUUAUUGCUAUGAUAACACCAUUGAAAUACUGUGCUGAUCAUCGUCCAUAUUUUACGAUUCACGAUUCUGAAUUUAAAGAAUAUACCACGGAUGCUCCUAUUCCACCUGCUGUAAUACUAGGUGUCACGAAUCCAUUUUUUGCCAAAACUUUACAACAUUGGCCUCACAUCAUUAGGAUAAGUAAUGGUGGAACUAGUGAAACUCAAAAAUAUAGAAUAAAAAAAUCAGAGAAUCUCAAGGUAUUAGAUUCAAAACCAGGUGUUUAUACACAAUACAAAUCUUUUCUGCAAAAAGAUAAAACAAUAUUAAAAAAGCUUUUGAGAGGUAUUCAAACAAAAAGACCGGGUGAAGCACAAACAGCUCUUUUGAAACGUCACUUAAUGGAAUUGACUGAAAGUUUUAUGAUUCCUUUAGAAAGAUAUAUUGCAAGUCUUAUGCCUUUACAAAAGGACAUAUCACCCUUCAAAGCGACUCCAAUACCACAAUUAUUUAAUCAGGAUGACUUUUUAGCUACGUUAAGUAGUUUGGGACCUCAAUUAACUACAGGUAUAAAAGGAGAUUGGGUGGGAUUAUACAAACGAUUUUUUAGAUCACCUAAUUUUUCGGGUUGGUUUCAUGCCAGAUAUACAGAACUAGCUCAAAAAUUACAAGUGAUACAAUUGGAAGCAUUAUCGCAAGCUGACUUAAAAACAUGGGUACGAGGAAAGCAAGAAGUAGAAGUUGUGGAUAUGAUCCUUAAAAUUCGACAAAAAUUGGAGAAAAGUUGUAUUAAUGAUAUAUCCAUUGAUGAUACAAUCAGAAAAAAACUUCAAGAAAGAAUAAAUGACAUUACGCAUACAUUGCCAGAUGAUUUACAAGUUAUUUUAAGCCACAAGUCUUGACAAUACGAUUAUAUUAUUAAUUUUAAAACUCGUUAGUAAUUCUAUUUACUGCUAUUAGUUUAAUUGGGAACCAACAUCAUAUGCCAAUGUCGAUGUAAAUGCAUAAACAAAAUUAAGCUUCCAAUAAUACAUGAAGCUUCUAGAUUUUUAAACAUUAAUGACUAUGAUAUAAAGAAAUAACGUGAAUCAUAUACAUAUGAAAGAUAUAAAAGAUGUAAAUUUAAAUGCUGACUGAACUUGCGGUAGAAUUUUAGAAAGGUUUUAGUUAUGCUUUAUUUCUUUAAUGUAAGUGUGUAUAUAUAUAUAUGUAUAUAAUACUCUUAUUAUAUAUAUAAUAAUCUUAUUAUAUAUAUAUAUAUAUAUAUAAUACUCUUUA